AUUAUACUUCUUUUUUUAUAUACAAGUAUAAAAAUAUAAUUAUUUUUAACGCGAUCGCCAGCGAAUGUUAAACUUUUAUCGAGAUAAUUUAUUUGGACCUUGAUUGACACUAUAUAUGCAUCUUUUUUUUAAAUAUGAUUAACAAUUGUGAUAUGUAACUGAGCGUUGAAUUUUUUUUGUACAUUUCGUAGAUUAAUCUGUUAGGACAUGCACAUUGUAUAUGAAAAAUGUUUCGAUGUAUUUUUUUUCUUAACAAAGAGACUUACUGUCGAACGGAUGACGCGUUGAAUAAAAGCAACAUCUCUCGUUCGUUCUGUCAUUCUUAAAGGUAAACUCCAAGCUGGCUUUUUGGGCAUUACCGUACUUGUGAAUACAAGAUAAGACAACUGCGUUGAUAUCGCGCAAUCUAUCAUAAAUAAUAGUAUGCGAACUGUCUUUCCCAAUACGGACUACUCUGAAAUAGCGACUGACAUUCGGAUUGUAAAAUAUAUCACAAUGUAGAAUAUAUAGCAAAUGGCGAAAAUUACAUUGUACCUGCUGCUAUAAAUUUAAAUCGACACGAUCUUUGAUAUAUCACAAACGUAAUCAUGAUUACGUCAUUUUAUAUAUACGUAUAUAUUUAUAUGUACACUCCGUGUAUUCCGUAUACGACCUAUCUAAUGUGUUUUAUUGCAGAGUGUAACUUUUUCAUACUUUAAAAAAUUUAAACUAUUUAUGCAUAUCAUCUCGUUAUCUGCGUUAAAAUGGUACACGUCAUUGUUAGAUGAUAACCGCGCUGAACGGCAUUGAGGGGGUCUACAUUCGCUUAUCGCGUAGUUAUCGUUAAGUCGUCGUAAAGGUAGAAACUUAUUGUUUUUCAGUUUUUAACGCUGCAACGACUAAAACUGCCUCAAUAAUUCUACUUGGAAUUGCAGUUUCAUCGCAAGCAUUCUUCGAUACAACGCACCGGGCGAUCGUCAUAUUGCAUCGAGAGUGAUAAUCGCGAGUUUUUAAUAUAUUGAUCGACAUACAAGAACUCUAGCAAGAACUUACUCUACAUCCUAACCGUUAAAAUAAUUUUCCAGUAUUUCUUAUCGCUCGCAAACGGCAAUUUGCAUGCGUUAUGCAACCUGCAGGAAGUUGCAUCAAGAACUGAAUCGGAUUUCUCAUUGAGACUCGUAUAUGUACUAGUGUUUUGUUCCAACGGAACAAAUUCGAGAGUCGUUCGGAACAGAAGCGUCUGGAUAAACGGAUGGGUUGAUACGAGUCUAAAUACUUUCGUUUGCGUUCAGAUAUCGCUGAUCCGUUACGCAACGUUAGUGUGCUGUAAAACAAUAUGAACACCUUGCUUCGAACGGUAUACGAUGCUUUACAAAUCGAUACAGGUUCGGUACAUAAAAAUCCGAUCGUAUUACCGACUAUUAAUAUAUUACCUUAAUAAUCAAGUUUUCUAAAAAUAAAUCCACGUCAAGAAGAUCAUGAAUGAGAUGUGAAAAGCGACACUUUGUGUAUCUCUCUCCACUCCGGGAUCAUUUAUCACCGUAAAUAAGUAGUAUACGCUUGCGAUAAGCCGUGUAGAUUAAUAACUUACUGCGAGGAGGAAAUUUCCCUUUCCGACUGUCUCAUAUCCAAGAUGUUUUUUCUGAUCCUGUUGGAUGCGGAUUGCUCCGGCCGCAUGCUGGCUACUAUCUUGGUCGCAUGGGUGACGACGGCGAUGAUAGCCUCGAUAUUGCUGCAAUGGGAACACAUGUGGGUUGUUUUGGUAAUAUUGACGCUACUUUUCUUCCUGGUUUGCGGAUAUACCGUUUAUACUGUCAAAAGAACUCACGCGAGAAUUCUGAUCGAGCAACAAAGAGCGGCGAUUCGGACUAUCUCGGAUAUUACUGCCAAUCGCAGACAGGCAGGAUCGUCAGCAUACGCGGUGCAUUCUUCUCCAGAUUUACCACCGUCUUAUGCGUCUGUGAUGACUGUUCAGGGAACAUCGAGGUCUGCUCAGACGUCAACGACCAUCAACCCAUCCAGCGAGGACAAAUUCGAGAAUCCUCCACCGUAUUCCAUCGUAAUCGCAUCUAUAAAUGCAGCGCAAGAGCAAAACAUGGAAAUGUCGAGAGAACGGCACGUACCGUCCGUACCCAUGAAAAAAAAUGACACUUCCGUUUCAACUAUUUCCACCCUCGCGUCCGUGUCUCAAACGUACCCGCAUCGGAGAUGAUUUACAAUUAAUUAAAUUAGUCUUGCAGAAGACGGAAAUGGGAUUCACAUUGAAAAAUGCCGAAUCGUACAAAAGAUGAGCGAAUGGAUUUUUGAUACGAUCACAAUUGAAAUUUUUCGUCAAUAAAAACGAUUGUUAUCUUAAAAAUAUUAUCGCGCGACGAUAAGAGCUUCAACGAAGGAAAGUGGCCGAUUAGAAUUUGUACGAUCGAACAAAAGUAGCUCUUGGAUAAAAGAAUCGCAACAUAUAUCUAUUUAGCUUAGAAAAUUUGAUUUCUAUCCGUGAUAUUUUCUUCGCGUACAUUUUACGUAAAAUUUUAAUUGAAUUAAAUUUGUAUUUCCCGCAUUCUUAAUAAACAAAUUUUCUAC